AUGGCUUUGAAUUCACGUUGUAACGUGUUUUUCUUCUCUGUUUUGUUUUGUCUACUUGCCAUAGCCUCUGCUCAGCUAUCCUCAGAUUUCUAUGCAACAUCAUGCCCCACUGCUCUCUCCACCAUAAAGUCUGCAGUGAAAAGUGCUGUUUCUAAAGAGCGUCGCAUGGGAGCGUCCUUGCUCCGUCUUCAUUUCCACGACUGCUUUGUUAAUGGAUGUGAUGCAUCAGUUCUUCUAGAUGACACUUCGAGCUUCACAGGAGAAAAAUCAGCUGCUGCAAAUGUGAAUUCUUUGAGAGGUUUUGAUGUAAUCGACGACAUCAAAAGUCAGUUGGAGACUGCUUGUCCAGGAACUGUUUCCUGUGCAGAUAUUCUUGCAGUUGCUGCUCGUGAUUCUGUCGUAGCAUUGGGUGGUUCAUCAUGGACUGUUGGCUUAGGCAGAAGAGACUCAACCACUGCAAGUAAAGAUGCUGCCACCAACGAUAUUCCAUCCCCUCAAUUAGAUCUUAGUGAUCUAAUUUCAGCUUUUUCAAAUAAGGGAUUUACCACCAAAGAGAUGGUAGUCCUCUCAGGAGCUCAUACAACUGGUCAAGCCAAAUGCCAGUUCUUCCGGGGUAGGAUUUAUAAUGAGACCAACAUUGAUUCAGAUUUUGCAACAUCAGCACAGUCAAAUUGUCCAAGCACUGAUGGUGACAGCAACCUGUCCCCACUUGAUGUGACCACCAAUGUGUUAUUUGACAAUGCUUAUUUCAAGAAUCUAGUGAACAAGAAAGGGCUUCUGCAUUCUGAUCAGCAACUCUUCAGUGGUGGUUCUACUGAUUCACAGGUCACUGCCUACAGCACAAGCUCUUCAACUUUCUGUACAGACUUUGCCAAUGCCAUGGUAAAAAUGGGAAACCUCAGUCCUUUAACAGGGAGCAGUGGCCAAAUUCGUACAAAUUGCCGCAAAGUUAACUAA